AUGAUUCUCUUCUCACGAUACCAUCUCUUCGAGAUCGGGGAUCAGUCCUGGUGUCCUGAAUGGAUGAGGGCGUACAUCCAAUCUUGUCUAACUCGGGUCUGGAAUUUGCACAUCCCGCCUUUCAGCAAGACCCCUCCAGCAGGUAUAGCUGCCGAUCUUAUUCGCGAGCACGUAAAGGAUCCCGACUCCUUCACAUUUGUUGAUCUCUGUGCGGGUGCAGGCGGGCCAACCGCAACCCUCGAGCAUGUCUUGAAUGCGAAACUCAGAGCGAAGGGCAAGGGAGCGGCGCGAUUUGUUCUUACGGAUCUCCACCCUCGCUUGGAGGAAUGGUCCGCCAUCAGCAGACGUCAGGAAAAUAUCUCGUUCAUCUCCGAGAGUAUGGACGCUGUGGAAUGUGAGAGAGUGGCCCCGGAGAACCGGAAGGAGUGCAGAAUCUUCAAUUUGUGUUUUCAUCAUUUCGAUGAUUUGCUUGCGUCCACUAUAUUGCGGAAGGCGACAGAGUCUGCCGAUUCUUUUAUGUAG